AACCUUUGUUUUAAUUAAUUAACCUUUGUGUAAUUAACUAACCUUUGUUUUAAUUAACUAAUCUUUUGUUUCCUCAUUUGCCUCAUGGCUGUUUAUUAUAAUCAUACAGAAGCUUCCUGUAUAAAAUGGUUUAAUUAUUCAUCACACAUAUGACAGAAAGGAUCGUAAAGGUAUAGUUUCAGUGAUAGAAGAGGUUGUCUUUAUUUUGGCUCUUUGGAAUAAGGGUGUUUAGUGUGAGUUCAGACUCAGCUCCAGAAUCAUGUCCAAGAUGCUUGCUGGGCUACUGCUGUUCCUCUGUGCACUGGGACCCACCACAGGAAUCAGACUGGUGGGAAAUGGAUAUACUGACAUCCUUGUGGCCAUCAACCCAGCUGUGCCAGAGAAUGACGACCUCAUAAAUCGAAUCAAGGAAAUUAUUACCAGUGUAUCAGAAUAUCUGUUUCAAGCUUUAGACAAUAAAGUGUUCUUCAAAGAGGUGAAAAUACUGGUUCCACCAAACUGGACCAAUGGAACUUACGAAAGAGCAAGUACAGAAACCUACAGUAAGGCAAAAGUACUCAUUGAUGUCCCACAUCCAGCAUUUGGUGAUGAUCCGUAUACUAAGCAAACGAAAAAUUGUGCAGAGGAGGGCGAUUAUAUUCAUUUCACCCCAAACUUCCUAUUAACUGACAGACUUGUUGAUGUCUAUGGACCCAAAGGAAGAGUUUUUGUACAUGAAUGGGCUCACCUCAGAUGGGGCGUAUAUGAUGAAUACAAUAACAAAAAGCCAUUCUACAAUGAUAACGGGAUCCAACCUACAAGAUGUACUAGUGAGGUAACUGGCAAGUGGUAUGAACUGAAUAAUGGCUUUACUCAGAGUUGCCACAUCAGUGCUGAAACUGGGUUACCAACUGAGGAAUGUGAAUUCUUUCCAGACAAAUUGCAAAACGCAAAAGCCUCAAUAAUGUACAUGCAAAUAAUAGACUCUGUAAGAGCAUUUUGCCAAGAGGAUGAACACAACCGUAAAGCCCCAAACAUGCAGAAUGAGAAAUGUGACAACAAGGCUACCCAUACAGUCAUUUUUCAGGAAUCUGUAGACAAAGAUGCCCUUGGCACUUUACUACCUCUACAAGCCAGACCCCCAGAUCCACAAAUCCGUGUUUUAAGCAGAGGAAGUCGGGUCGUCUGUCUUGUGCUCGACGUCUCUGGAAGCAUGUCGGGCAAAAGGAUAAUUCUACAAAAACAAGCUUCUAUGAUUUUCUUGAACCAGAUCAUAGAGGAACAAGCAUCUGUGGGCAUUGUCACUUUUAGUACUGAUGCUGCAAUUUUAAGUGGCUUGACUCUAAUAGAUGGUCAGAGCUCUAGAGACACUCUGAUUGCAAAGCUGCCAUCGACUGCGGGUGGAUCCACAUUCAUCUGUAAGGGUCUUCUGAAAGGCCUUGAGGUUCUCAAACAGGAUAAUAAGGACACAGUAGGAGAUGAAAUCAUUUUUCUGACAGAUGGUGAAGCAACUGAUAGCGUUCAGGACUGUUUACAAACUGCUACUGAAAGUGGUACAGUCAUCAACACUUUAGCUCUUGGUUCAGAUGCAGACAAUGUUUUGAAAACCAUGGCAGAUAAAACAGGUGGAAUGUUUAUCACAGCCAAUGAGGCUAUUCUUUCCAAUCAGUUAGUGGAUGCUUUUUCUUCACUUACAUCAUCAAACGGAAAUCCCACAAAACAAAAGAUUCAGCUUGAGAGUACUGGACAAAUAGUUUCUGAUUGGUUCAAUGGAACAGUGCCCAUUGAUGGUACUGUAGGAAACAGGACGACCUUUACAGUCAUCUAUGAAAAGAGUUCACCUACUGUGUACUUUGAGUCACCAAGCAGUUCAGUCUACAACCAGAAGAAUGCCACAGAUACUGCAAACACAAUCACUCUUACUGUUCCAGGAACUGCAGAGGCUGGAGACUGGAAAUACAGUUUCUUCGACAAAGCCUCAACUUCUCAGGCUAUGAGUUUGACAGUAACAAGUCAGGCAGCCCGUGAUGACGUUCCCCCCAUCAUGGUUAUGGCCCAGAUGAACCAGCUAACCAACAAUGGUAACAAACCCAUGAUAGUGUUUGCUGAGGUCAGUCAGAAAUAUAGUCCUGUGCUGAACACCACUGUCUGGGCAUAUCUGGAGUCAGACACAGGACAUUCAGAAAAACUACAGCUCCUCGACAAUGGAGCAGGUGCUGAUGCUUUUAAAGAUGAUGGGAUCUAUUCCAGAUAUUUCACAAAAUUAAAGAAGGGAAGAUACAAUCUGAAAGUUAGAGUGGCCAGUACUGGUGGAGUGCAUUCUUCUCCCAGCAGUAGUGGUGCUCUGUAUAUCCCUGGAUACAUAGUGGAUGGCACAGUGAAGUUAAACCCUCCAAAGCCACCCACCAACGUACAGCCAGCAAACGUGGGCAGCUUCACCAGAACAGCCACUGGCGAGAGCUUUGUGGUGGAUGUGCCGGUAGGCGUACCCCUACCAAAUUUCCCUCCCAACAAGAUCACAGACCUGAGUGCUGAAAUUCAGGAGGACAUUGUGCUUCUCAACUGGACAGCACCUGGAGAGGACUUAGACCAAGGCACAGCCACAUCCUAUGAGAUUAGAUGGAGUGACGAUUUUCAGACUCGAAACAACUUCAGCAGUGUGAAUCAGUUCAACAUAUCUGCACUUCUUCCUCAAGAGGCAGGCUCAGCCGAACGGCAUUCUUUGGUGCCCAAUAUCACAAUCCAAAAUGGUACCACAUUGUUCUUUGCUGUUCAGUCAGAGGACAGUGGCGGACUGAAGUCUCAAGUGUCUAAUAUUGCUCAAGCAACAAAGUUUCUCCCAAGUCCUAAAAAUCUAAAACCCCCUGGAAUUUCAAAUCCGGGUCUGAACCUCACUGCCAGCAUCAUUUCAGUUUGUGUGGUAAGCAUAGUUGCAUGUCUCAUAGCUACUGUCAUCACAUGGGUAGUGAAAUGCAGAAAGCUUACUGACCCUUAGCAAGUAUGCUAUGUUGGCACAAAUGUGGCUAAUGAAUGUAUUUGUGGAAUGGUUAUUGUAAUAAUUUGGUAUGAAAUCGUUAUUGGAUGACUGAUAGAUGAUGUGUGCAUGAUCAUUCAAGUAUUAUCCAUAAGUACAUAAACAUCUCACAAAUUAGUUUCAACAUUAAUCAAAAAUAUAUUGUAAUGUUAAUGGAAGUAAGGACAGUAUAUCAGUGACUUAAAAAACAGUAAAAUACUAGCAACUGUAGUCUGUGAUUUAUAACAGCAAACAUUCAAGUCUGUUUAUAUACCAAUAUUGAGUUUUUAUUAAUGUGUGUAAACAUAAAUUAAAAGGUCACAUUUAUGUUCA